UAUUUGAUUAUUGUCCAACGUAUUUGUAUAUCACUAAAAUAAAAUUUAAAAUAAGAUACAAAUAUAAAAUAUGAUGCUAUGAUUUUAGUGAUUUUUAUGUGCUUCAAAGUGUAGAUUGUACAAGUGAGCACACAUCCUAAGAAGUCCAGCUUUUACAAUUUAGCCGCACGUGUUUGAAAAUGACAUCAGCAGCUUCAACUGAGAAAGCAUUUGCAGUUGUGGAAUUUGAAGAGGAAGACAGCCUGAAAAUAAUUCCUACUAAAUGGAUUGUUGAUGAUUGUGCAAAAUAUCCCACCAAAUGCUCUGAAAAGGCGCUUAAAAAGUUAGUCAAGAGCUGUGUUGAUGCUGAAAGUUCUUGGAAGUCGUUGAAAAUGCAAAUAUACUGUAAGACAAAUUCUUUUAUGAAGGCAGAAAAAUUGUUAGCUUUAGUAAAAGAUGCAUCAGAUGGAGAAUUGGAUCCGUCAGGGACUGAAAAUGGCCAGUCCGAGAAGUCAUUGGGAAAGAGACAAAUAAAAAUGCCUUCUCGUUAUGCGAGUGAUGAAGAAUCCCCAAGAAAAAGCACAACACUAAAACCUGAAAAAGGUUCAAUCAUGAAGGCGAAAAAGAAGUUGAAAGAUACCUCAGACGUGCAAUCUGAUUCCUCAGAAUCCAAUGAUGCCUCUUUUUCUAGCAGAAAAAGAAGAAUUUCUGCUCUUUAUGCAGAUGGGAAAAUGCCCUCAAGAAAAAGUGUGACACAUAGGACAGAUCCUCUUCACUAUUAUCAAGAAAUGUUAAACGAAGGGGCUGAUUCAUCUUUUGAUGAGAAAGAUUACAUUGCUCAUGCAUCAUACCAAAAAAGACGCAAAAUGCUUUCAAGAUUUAAUCGUCAACAAAUGGAUGGCUCGUCCUCUGAUGAAGAAUUAUAUGGUACAAGGAAAAUGCGAAAGAAAUUUUCAACGUCGCCUGCCAUGCUUUCAAGCAUACAUAAACUUAAAAAAGAUUUGGAGUUUAAGGAGCUGAAGCAAUUAAUGAUGGAACUUUUAAAUGUCCAAGAGAAAACCUUCUUGAAGGUAAAGGAUGUAGAAGAAAGGCAAAAACGGCUACAGGCAGAACUGCGCAAGAUAAGAGAAGUAAUUUUAAAGCCAAAUGACAUGGUUGAGGUACCUCACCUCCCAGAUGACCUUAUUUUGCCUAUAUUUACCGAUUCAGAGCUGGAAAAUCUGAAUGAAAGGCUAGGAAAUGACAAAGAGUUGCAAACCAGAUUUGUUCACUUUUUAUUCCAUACUUCGUAUGGGAAAAACAUUUCAACAUUCAUGACAGCAUGUCUAAAAAGAGUCAUGACGCAAAAUGUGGCACAGUUGUACAGCAGACUAGGGAGGAAAGGAAAAAAGAGUUUCACGGCUCUAGCAAACUUAUAUGCUGCUAUAAUAGGUGCUGCAGCUUUGAAAUUUCCAGAUGGAACAACUGAUGAAUUUUCAGAAAGACUGGGAAGAACAUUAGCCAGUUCAGGCGACUGGGAAGGUCGUAAUAGACCUCCCAUUACUAUUACAGUAGUGAAACAAGCUACAACUGAAGAUGAAAACUGUUGAUGUUGCCAUAUUGUGUUUUUUUAGUUACAAAAAAUUGUGAAUAAAAACGUUUCUAUUUUAAACUUCUGUUUUA